GGCACCUUGUCCGUUUCUACACUGCUCUCGCGGGCGAGCUCCUCUAGAGUGUGCGUGUAUGUGUUCGAGCUAGUGUGUGUGUGUGUCUGUGCUCCUCUGCUGUUGCUGCCCUUUGAUCCCUGCAUUAGUGUUAGUUAGGGGCUCGGAGACACACACUUACACAGAGAGCAGCCAUAGUCAAGACACGGCAACAACAACAGCACAGAACCCUCCUCCUGUGUUCCUGUACCCAACAAUACACUUUAAACCGCCGAGGAGAAGCCAGGUGCACAGUCCCUGCCACCACACUCGCCUACAAUCUCAAUGGGAAAAAACCUUUUUUCUUCUUACGCCUAAAACAAGGAGAAGAAUGUGAUAAAAAGGGGGAAAAUGCCAAGGAGGAAGCAGGAGCAACCCAAGCGCCUGCCUUCACAUGUGGACGGCGUCGAGGAUGGCGGGCCCGACAGGGGCUGUGGUGCUGUGCAGGACGACGGUGUUGGCGGUAGCGGCUGGUACGCCUCCGACACGCGCUCCGAGUCGUCGUCGUUGUACGGCGGCGCCUUCCCUCACGACCACGAGCUGUACCUCCGUGGGGGCUCCUCUCACACCCCCUCCCCUGCUCGACCGGCCGAACACCCAGACACCUCUGCCGAGAGCUCCCUGGGGGGCUGCCCCACCCCCGUUCACGGUCACCGCCACCGGGCCUCCCUGGAGCUCCUGGGCCUGGGGGUGGACGAAGGGGUGUUCUCGGCCCAGGACACCCUCUCCUCCGUGGUGUCGUCCCUGUAUGGCGAGGCAGCCUCCCAGGCCCUGGGGAAACCUCUGAGUAGUAACCUACGCCGACUCUUGGAGGCAGGGAGCCUCAAACUGGAUGGAGAGCUUCUGGGGAGAGUGAGGGGAGGCGGUGCUGGAGGAGGGCGGGAGUCCCCCACCAUCGGCCUGGCCCGGGCGCUGACCCUCUCGCCCUCCUCCCAUCACGCUCAGCAGCUAAGUGCCCUCGCCCGGAAACUGGCGGCCAAUAACGGCAACAGCGGUGGUGGCUCGGCCUCGGCGUCGCCGGCCUCCUUAGCUGCGUCCUCCAUCAAGCAGGAGCCCUGUGACCCAUAUGCCCCGACAGCUGCCCCGAGCAACGGCGCUGGGUUUGUGUGGGUGGGAGUGGCCGGUGACGGUACGUGGCCCCCGGCAGGUUGCUCCGCCCCCGGAGGGGGCGGCUCCAGCCUUUCGCCGGACUCGGCCAUCCAGAAGCUGAAAGCGGCCGCCAAUGCGGUUUUACAGGACAAGAACGCUGCUGUGGUGGCCUCUUCCAACUCGUCCUCAUCCUCCUCCAGCGCCUCGUCCAUAGUACCCCCCUUGGGGGGAGGAGGAGGAGGGAGCCGUGGAGGAACAGAGGACUCGGUGCGCUUCGAUGCCUUCACCUCCCCCUUCAGCCCGCAGUCUGCUAGCUCCACCCUGGCCGCCCUCUCAAAGAAGGUGAGCGAGCGUUCCCAGACCUCGUCCUCGUCGGACCACCAACACCAACCCUCCCCCGGCUCCUCCUUUCUCUCUCUCGUCUCCAUGACCUCCUCGGCAGCGCUCCUCAAAGAGGUGGCUGCCCGCGCGGCAGGGAACCUCCUGGCUGAUAAAAAGGAGGCCUCGCUAGGGGGAGGAGCAGGAGUGGCCCACCAGGAGGACAUCAAGCCCCUGCUGGACAGGAACCAGAAGGCGGGCACACCCACGGGGUCCCACGGUACCAUGGAGAUGUUGCUGCCAUCCACCCCCAAGGGAAGAGUCAAACCCAGCAGCCAAGCAGGUUCCCCGGGGGAGGACGGAGGCAAGCCCUUCCAGUGUCCAGUCUGUGGCCUGGUCAUCAAGAGGAAGAGUUACUGGAAGAGGCACAUGGUGAUCCAUACAGGCCUGAAGAGCCACCAGUGCCCCCUGUGCCCCUUCCGCUGCGCUCGAAAAGACAAUCUCAAAUCACACAUGAAGGUCCAUCAGCAUCAGGACCGGGGUGAGACGUUCCAGUGUGAACUUUGCCCUUUCACCUCCUCGCGCCACUUCAGCCUCAAGCUCCACAUGCGCUGCCACCAGCACUUUCCCCGCUCCGAGUCCACCGCCGACGGCGUCAAGGUCAAGGAGGAGGCCACCACGGACACUGAGGGGGAGGGGUCCCUCAUGGGCGACUACAACCCACGCGUGUCCCCUCUCCAGUCGGACGGAGCGGCCCAGGGCUCCCCGGGGGCCUCCAACCACCACGUCCACAUUAAAGAGGAGCCCCUGGAGCGCGAGUUGUCGGUGCUGUCGCCCUUCGCCUUCUGCAAGGACCGGGAGCGGCCAGGAAGCAGCGCCAACUCCCUGGACCUCUCAAUGGGUGGGGUGGGGGUGCGGUCCAGUCCUGGCGGCGGCCCGACAGCGGCGUCCCUCUUCAGCCCGGACAUCACCACCAAGACCGCCACCGACCUGCUCAUGAAGCUCUCAGCGGCCAACCAGAAGGAGGCCCUAAGGGCGCCGCUGCCCUUCCAUCUAAAGCAGGAGCCCCAGGCCGAUGAGGAAGAGCCGGAGGAGGAGUUGCAGCGGAGCCCCCAGAGCCAGCCCGGCUACGCCACCUUCUGCCCGGAGCUGGGCCCGGCGCCGGGGGCCGCCGGCCCGGCAGGGGGAGCGGAAAGCGGGUGCCACAGGGGGCUGAUGAAGGGGCGCGAGGGGAGCCCCCCGGGGAACCCCGGCAUUCUCCUCAGCCAGGACAUCAACGUCAAGGUGGCGUCGGAGCUGCUCAUGAAGCUGUCAGAGAGCAACAAGGAUGCCGCCCACUACCAGAAGGUGACAGUGAAGGCAGAGCCUAUGGAGGUGGACACACCCAGCGACCCGGUCGUGGCCCCCUCACACCUACUGGCCUUCAGCACUUUAGGGACGUCUGAGAAGAGCGAGCCAAUGGGCAGUCUCCCUGAUGUGUUAUCCCGCCCACAGAAGCAAGACCUCUUCUCCCAGGACAUAUCGGUCAAAAUGGCUUCCGAACUCCUCUUCCAACUAUCAGAAAAGGUCAGCAAAGCCAACGAUCAGAGAGACAGCAACAUGGUGGGCGUCAGCAGUCCGUUCCUGGAGGAGCGCUUCAGACAAUCACCCUUCAGUCCACGCUCCAAGUCCUCCUCCCCCGCAGAGGCCACCUCCUCCUCCAGAGCCCUCCACGAGAUUCCCACACUCCAGGAAGCUGCAGAGACAAACCUCAGUCGACGCUGUCUUACCCAGAGAGGGACGGUGUGGAGCCGGGGGGGGACGGGCUGGAGCCGGGGGGGGGACGGGCUGGCCCAGUGGGGCAGUGAGCAGCUGUAUCCCUGCUCUGUCUGUGGUAAAGUGUUUGGCCGGCAGCAGACCCUGUCCAGACACCUGUCUCUACAUACAGAGGGGAGGGGCUAUAAGUGUCACCUGUGUCCCUAUGCAGCCAAGUGUAGAGCCAACCUCAACCAGCACCUGACCAUCCACUCUGUCAAGCUGGUCAGCACCGACGCGGAGCAGAUCGUCAGAGCCGUCACGGCCGCCGAGGGGCCAGAGAGGAAGAGCUGCCCCUAUUAUUACAGCUGCCAUGUGUGUGGAUUCCAGACGGAGCUGAAUGCCCAGUUCGUCAGCCACAUGUCCCUGCACGUUGACAAGGAACAGUGGAUGUACUCGCUGUGCUGUGCCGUCUGUGAAUACGUGUGUGUGGAGGAGAGCAACAUGAAGACCCACGUCAGUCAAGGACACGCAGGUCUCAACUCGCGGAGCCCCCUCAGUGAGACCAAGAGCACCUCUUCUUCCCUGUCGGCGCUUAGCGAUUCGCUGAACAGCUCAGAGAGUGGAGACCUCACCCACAGCAACGAGGAGCUCAAGAACCUUCUGGCCCCGCCCUCCUCUGCAGGCAGCCAAUCCAGCUCCGGCAGUCACUCUGGAUCUGGAACUGAGGAGAAGUCUGAGAAAGGCUUCGAGUGCGUUUUCUGCAACUUCGUGUGCAAGACGCGGACCAUGUACGAGCGCCACCUCCAGAUCCACCUGAUCACGCGCAUGUUCGAGUGCGACGUCUGCCACAAGUUCCUCAAGACGCCCGAGCAGCUGCUGGAGCACAAGAAGUGUCACGCCGUCCCCACCGGAGGGCUCAAGUGCCCCUUCUGCGUCUAUUCCACCAAUCGGCCGGCGGCCAUGGAGUGCCACCUGAAGACCCACUACAAGAUGGAGUACAAGUGCCGCAUCUGCCAGUCAGUGUGGUGCGACCAGCCGGAGCUGGAGAGGCACGCGCGGCAGCACCGCCUGGGCAACCACUACAGGUGCGGGCAGUGUGGCUACCUGUCCAAGACGGCCAACAAGCUGAUCGAGCACGUGCGCGUGCACACGGGCGAGCGUCCCUUCCACUGCGACCGCUGCGGCUACAGCUGCAAGCGCAAGGACAACCUGAACCUGCACAAGAAGCUGAAGCACGCGCCGCGCCAGACCUUCCGCUGCGCCCGGUGCCCCUUCACCACCUCGCACCCCUUCGUCUUCAGCCGCCACCUCAAGAAGCACCAGGGGGGCGGCGGUGGUGGCGGCGGCGUGGGGGAGAAGGAGGAGGAGGAGGAGUUCCGGGCCCAGCUCGGGGGUUCUGCGACGGGGUCGCCGCGGGGCGGGGAGCCCUUCCUCCCGGCGGGGGGUGGGAGCAGUGGGGGCAGCAGUCCCCUGAUGAGCCUCUCCGCCUCCCAGGCCCUGCAGUCCGUCGCCCUGUCGCUCAUCGCGGGGAAGCACCGCCUCCAGCCGGAAGUCCCGCCCCCGGCCCAGAGUUACCCGUCAGCGACCAUGGCCAACGGCGGCCCCUCCUCCUCCCUCUUCUUUCCCUCCCCCCGACACGCCUACGAGCAGUACAGGAACGGCGAACGGGCGCACCUGAUCCCCCUCACCACGCUGUUCACCCACCGCCACCGCGACACAUUCCACCCGCCCCUCUCCAGACUCCGCAGGCCCUCCCCCUCCUCUUCUCCUCACUCGCCCGCCUCCCUCAAACACUCCUUCUUGGCUUACCUUGGACUGGGACAGACUGAGGGGGCUAAUACAGUGUGACUGUUCCUCCUCCCUUCACUGGACAGUGGUGUGAAAUAUCCCCAGUCCACUGCUGUCCAAUCAGGCCAGCUGAAAAAGGCGGGCAGAGACAGACAAGUAGUUAUUGUAGACGGAGAAAAAAAUAAUAAUAACAAUUUAUCAGAGAAAAGGCUGUAUGUGCUAAAAAAAAUUCAUUUAUAUCAAAAGCUGCUUUUCCUAUCUGUUAUAUUGAUUGAAAUAUUACUCUACUUUUUUUCAUUUUGUUAGUUUUUUUAACUUUUUGAAUGACAUGGACCCAACUGUAUUACCUGAAAAACGUAUCCGUAAUUUCGUUUCUUUGUUCGAAAAUAUGAAAAAUAAGAAACAGAACUUGCAAGUGCUAUGCCAUUUUUAGUGCAUUUGUCUAUCUCGCUACUACGCAUCAGAAUAGCAUGACCGCCUCUGUGUCUCCGGUGGCUUCGACGUUUGUCAUUUAAUAGGGUAUGACGAGCCAAUCCCCAGGUCGUUACAUUGUGAUACGCCGCAGACAAGAACCAAUGAAACGGGAGUGCUUUUUUUUUUCUCAGAAGUCUCGUUUCCAAAGCAACGCCUCAAACCACGCACUUAAUUAUUUAACAGACGCGUACUGUACAUAGUUUUGUAGCCUUCGAUCUCCCCCCCCACGACCAUGCUUUGGCUUCUUUUCAGUUUUGUUUUCUACAACGGCGGAACCAUAAAAAAAAACGCAGACGGGCUCACCUUUGUCUCAGGAUGCGGUUGCCUUAGCAACCCACGCACACAGGCGACAAGGUGUGCGUCGUCCGGCGUUGCGCGGCGGCAUGAGCGUCAUCCCCGGGGCUCGAGGCCCUUUCGCCAAUUCCAACCUGACCUUUGAGUCCGCGCGACCAACAGCGCUACGCCGCGGUCUCCGCUUCCCCCGACGACGUAGUCCUUGUCUAGCCGUAGCCUGGUCGCAGACAGGUCUGUGCUGCGGUGCCAAUAACCGUAGGAGUUGGCCGGGUAGCACAAACGGAUGUGAGACCAGGCUAGUGUAACCCCCACCAGCCGGAUAUUAACCCAUGAGACCAGGGUCCUAUUUAUUAGGCACCACGCGGUAGAGGAAAGGACUAACACGACUCCGGUGAAGUUUGGUCCAGCAUUGAUUUUCAAAGCUACGCGUCGAUCCGCGCACCUCUGUUGGAUAAGACGCACCAGUCCGGUGUUGUGUAGGUGACCGGUAAACGGGUCGUUAAAAAAAAAAAAAAAAAAGAGAAAACCAUUAGGGGCCUGGUUACCACAGGCCGACCCAAUGGUGCUUUUUGGAGCUCUUUUGUAAUUUUGUGUAAAAGGUAUUAAAAAAGAAAAUGGUAAAAAAAAAAAAAAAA